AUGGCGGAGGCAGGGGGACCGGAGUCCGCCGCGGCCCGGUGCCCGGACGAGUCGUCGGAUAGCGAGCCGGAACAGGAGCCCGGAGCCCCGCAGAAACUCAUCCGGAAAGUGUCCACGUCCGGCCAGAUCCGCAGCAAGACGGUGCUGAAAGAAGGAAACCUGAUGAAGCAAACUAACUCCUUCCAACGCUGGAAGAGACGAUACUUCAAACUGAGAGGGAGAACGCUUUACUACGCCCAAACUGCUAAGUCCAUCAUCUUUGACGAGGUCGACCUGACGGACGCCAGCGUGGCCGAGUCCAGCACCAAGAACUUCAACAACAGCUUCACAGUCAUCACUCCCUGCAGGCGUCUGAUUCUGUGUGCAGACAACAGGAAGGAGAUGGAGGAGUGGAUGGCAGCUCUGCGCAGCGUCCAGAACAGACAAAACUAUGAGUCCACCCAGUACAGCAUGGACCACUUCAGUGGGAUGCACAACUGGUACGCAUGCUCUCACGCCCGCCCGACCUACUGCAACGUCUGCAGAGAGGCGCUGUCAGGAGUGACAUCACACGGCCUGUCAUGUGAAGUGUGUAAGUUCAAAGCUCACAAACGCUGUGCAGUUCGAGCCACCAACAACUGUAAAUGGACAACGCUGGCCUCCAUCGGGAAGGACAUCAUCGAGGACGAGGACGGGGUGUCGAUGCCUCAUCAGUGGUUAGAGGGGAAUCUGCCGGUGUCGGCUAAAUGUAAUGUGUGUGAUAAGACGUGCGGCAGCGUCCUCCGCCUGCAGGACUGGAGGUGUCUGUGGUGUAAAGCCAUGGUUCACUCCGGCUGUAAGGAGCAGCUGUCCUCCAAGUGUCCGCUGGGUCAGUGUAAAGUGUCCGUCAUCCCUCCCACCGCCCUGAACAGCAUCGACUCUGACGGUUUCUGGAAGGCUUCCUGUCCCCCGUCCUGCACCAGUCCUCUGCUGGUGUUCGUCAACUCUAAAAGCGGAGACAACCAGGGCGUCAAAUUCCUGAGACGCUUCAAACAGCUGCUGAACCCGGCUCAGGUGUUUGACCUGAUGAAUGGAGGACCACACCUGGGUCUCAGAUUGUUCCAGAAGUUUGAUACGUUCAGGAUCCUCGUUUGUGGAGGAGACGGCAGCGUCGGCUGGGUCCUGUCUGAGAUUGACGCUCUUACACUGCACAAACAGUGUCAGCUAGGAGUUCUUCCUCUGGGGACCGGGAAUGAUCUGGCUCGGGUUCUGGGUUGGGGUUCAGCCUGCGAUGACGACACCCAGCUGCCUCAGAUCCUGGAGAAACUGGAGAGAGCCAGCACUAAGAUGUUAGACAGGUGGAGCAUCAUGGUCUAUGAGACCAAGUUUCCACGGCAACACUCUGCCUCCACCGUCACCGAGGACUGCAGCGACGACUCUGAGGUUCAGCAGAUUCUCACCUAUGAGGACUCUGUAGCUGCUCACCUGUCCAAGAUCCUGACCUCAGACCAGCACUCCGUGGUCAUCUCCUCCGCCAAGGUCCUGUGUGAGACGGUGAAGGAUUUCGUGGCUCGUGUCGGGAAGGCGUACGAGAAGAACACGGAGAGUUCAGAGGAGUCGGAGGCGAUGGCCAAGAAGUGCGGUGUCCUGAAGGAGAAACUCGACUCUCUGCUCAAAACUCUUAACGAGGAGUCUCAGGCCUCCACCGUGCUCCCCCCGGCUCCUCCCCCCACCAUCGCCGAGGAGCAGGAGGAGGGCGAGGUUGUCGUCCUGCCUCCUCCUAUUCAUCACCCACCUCCCAGCUGCUCCCCGCGGACCAACACCUCCUCCUCAUCCUCUUCGUCCGCCCCCAUCUUCAAACCUCGGGAGCAGCUGAUGCUGAGAGCCAACAGCCUGAAGAAAGCCAUCCGACAGAUCAUCGAGCACACGGAAAAAGCUGUGGACGAACAGAACGCUCAGACCACACAGCAGCAGGUCUUCUCUCUGGGCCAGUCGGAGGAGGAGGAGGGUCUGGUGGAGGAGGAAGAGGAGGAAGAGGUGGAGGAGGAUAAGGUGUCGCUGCAGUCGUCCUACAGCGCCAAACACCGCAACACACGCAGAGUCAGUAAGACGCCCUGUGAGAAGCUGAUCAGUAAAGGCAGUCUGUCACUUGGCAGCUCUGCAUCACUUCCUGUCCAGACAGGAAGUAGGGAGAACAUGCCGAUGCUCAACACAAAGAUCCUUUAUCCUGGUCUCAGAGGUAUCUCAGGCUCUCUGUCCAGCAGCUCAGUGAUCAGUCGUCUGUUGGUGAACGCCGACCCCUUCAGCUGCGACCCCGACAACAUGGAUUGCUACACAGAGAAGUGUGUGAUGAACAACUACUUCGGGAUCGGACUGGACGCUAAAAUCUCUCUGGACUUCAACAACAAGAGAGACGAGCAUCCAGAGAAGUGCAGGAGUCGGACUCAGAACAGGAUGUGGUACGGAGUCCUGGGAACCAAAGAGCUGCUGCACAGAACCUACAAGAACCUGGAGCAGCGGGUUCUGCUGGAGUGUGACGGGCGGCCCAUCCCCCUCCCCAGCCUGCAGGGGAUCGCUGUGUUAAACAUCCCGAGCUACGCAGGAGGAACAAACUUCUGGGGAGGAACCAAAGAGGACGACACCUUCACUGCUCCGUCCUUUGAUGAUAAGAUCCUGGAGGUGGUGGCGGUGUUCGGCAGCAUGCAGAUGGCCGUGUCCCGAGUCAUCAACCUGCAGCACCACCGCAUAGCACAGUGUCGGACGGUGAAGAUCACCAUCCUGGGGGACGAGGGAGUCCCGGUGCAGGUGGACGGCGAGGCCUGGAUCCAGCCUCCAGGUUACAUCAAGAUCAUCCACAAGAACCGGACCCAGACUCUGACCAGGGACCGGGCGUUUGAGAGCACCCUGAAGUCCUGGGAGGACAAACAGAAGUGUGAGUUCCCCCGGACGCCCCCCCCCUCAGCCCCCUCAGCCCCCCCUCUCCUCCCAGCCAGAGAUCCUCUCUGAGGAAGAGGCGUCGCUCGUCAGAGAGUUCGGUCAGGCAGCAGGAGCUCUGAUACACAGUAUCCGUGAGGUGGCUCAGUCUCAUCACAGUAUGGAGCAGGAACUCGCUCACGCUGUCAACGCCAGCUCUAAGGCCAUGGACGUCGUCUACGCCAACUCCAACAGCUCCG